AUGGGUGAUGCUGUACUGCGUGUACAGAGCCAUCUACAGAGUCUCGCACGUGAAAACUGGUCAGCAUUGGAAGAGAAACAUGUGUACAAUAUAUCGUGGCUUCGAAAUGAGCUAACGGAGAUCGCGCGUUCGCUGGAGAUCAAGUCAAACUUUGAGUACAAACCGGUCCCUAUGACGUCAUUUUGCAGAGCCGAAAAUGUCAUUUUUGACGUGUCUGGACCAGCUCGGAAGAAGCACAAGAUUGAGAAACAAGUAGAAGAUAUGAGGGAUGUUCCGGCUAUGGACAAGGAAGAGAGAGAGAGAUCGAGACGUUCCAUGCAGUUACGACCAAGGGCCGUGAGUAUGGAGACGACCAUGGACAUUGAUACAAAAAGUGCGACGAGGAAGAGAGAACAGCCUUCUUUGAUGCUGUUACAGGACGUGAGCAAGCUUAAAGUGGUUGAUUUACGGCUUGAAUUGAAGAAAAGAGGACUGAAAACUAGUGGACGGAAGGUCGUACUUUGUGAUCGAUUGUUGGAGGCACUAGAGAAGGAGGAGAAGGAAGAGAUGGAGAAGAAAGACGAGAUAGUAGAGGAGACACGAGAGAGAGAGGUGAUUGUGAUUGAUGACGAUUGUGAGGGAGAUGAAAUUGUCCGAGAGAGCAUGGAGUCGUCACGGAGUGUCGUGACAAGUCAGUUGUCACAGGAAGUUGCAGCGGAGGACGAGAAGGAGAAAGAAACGAGAGUGUCUACUCCUGUGAGUGGAGACGGACAACACCCGUCUUUUCUACAGACAAGUGAAGAAGACGUGUCGAAGACAGAGUGUGUUUUACGGACAGUGAAAGUGCCAUCUUCAGUAGAAAUAGCUUCAGAGGCUGACUCAGUGGAACAGCGACAGCGACAGCUUCUUUCCGACUCCAAUAUUGCAUCGCCUGUCGGCAACACUAGGGACAGUGUUGAGCUCGCUGCAGCUGACGGUCCAAAAGAGUUGAUUGCUCACGAUGUACUGAGGGUGACACGAAAAUCGAUGCAGGUUGGCGGACAGAGUGAACUCUCGAGUCCAUUUGCGUGGAAGAGAAAAUCUAUUCUGCGGAAGGCUUCGUCACUGGCGUCUUGUACGCAUGGGCCCGUUCGGAAUGUCAGCUUCGCUCCUACGGACAAGAUGUACACGAUUGUUGAUAGCUCUCAGACUGAUUCCACGCAACCUGAACCCAGUCCAGAAAAAGCUCCUUCGCCAAUUGAAUCACAUACUUUACGUGAUGAGACUAAACUUGAGAGCAAGUUUACUGGAUUGGACAUUGCUCUGGAAGAUAAUGCGAAGCUAAAAAUUGUGAGCACGAAUGUCGCUCCUGCUUCGGCUUCAAUAAUACCACAAGAUUCUAUUCCGGCAAUGUCCGUAAAAGAGACAGAGGAGCAACGCAAGAAGCGAGAGUUUGACGAGACAGUUCAGCGCGAAGCUGAAAAGUUUCGACUUGCUGCAAAGCUGUCUGUGCAGAAGAGGCUAGAAGAAGUUAAUGCAAGCAAGGCACUCUGGGCGAAAGGUGAUCAGUUAAAGGCGAGGCUGCGGGCCUCGUCUGCUGGUGACAAAAGGAAAAGUGCUCGUACGCCUUUGUCGUUAAACGAGAAAUCUGCUUUUGAUCAGGUCUCACCCCCCAUCUCCGAGUCGUCGACUGCCAGUGAAAGUACUUCUACAUCUUCAGACUCGAAUCGCUCGACUACUUCAGUUUUGAAAGAUGAGACUAGGACCCUUCACACGACUCGAUUAGCUGCUGAAGAAGCAAAGGAGCAAGAAUUUAUACGAUCAAUGUCCCGCGAACAAGAAACCAAAAGCACUCCGAACAUGGUAUCAGGCUCACUGCAUGACCUUACAGCUCCCCAUGCUACGCAUGCCAUGGUUGAUAUAAAGCAUCAAGUUGAACGCUCGAUGUCUCAUCAGCUGAUAGGUAUGCCUGCAGCAAAGUCGUUGCCAGCUACCGAGAGAAUGCCACAAGAAUUAUCCGAGACCCACGCUGCUCGUCUGGAUAUUGAAUCGCAGCAAUUGCAACGGCCUUCCUUCGUGUCGUCAACGACAUCAAGCAUAGAUGGGGCCGAGUCCGAGCCGCCGAAUAUACAUUCGGCAAAACCUAUGUCAAACCGCGAUAGGUCGGACUCACUAUCCUCGACGGUCUCGUCGAUACCCGAGCAAUCAAUUGUGGAAAAUGCGCUGAAAUCCGCGGCAUUGACGGUGACUAAUGCCAAUCGACGACCUAUCACGAAUCUAGUUAGCGGAGUACACUCUUUCACAACGUUGCUGGAGAAGAAAAAUACUCAAGAAGGAAACAGAGGCCGCAGUGCCCCCGUGAUAAAUGCGCUGAAGCUUGCUGAGAAGUCUCGUGUACUCGAAGAAAAGAAAAGGCUGGAGAAGGAGGGGCGUAAGGCGAUACUGAAAAGGAAAAUGGAAGAGCAUAGGAAAGUGGCGGCGCUAAAAGAGAAGGCUGAGAAGGAUGCUCAGGCGAAGCGUGAGCAAGAGCGGUUAAACGUGCGGAAGAAGCGUGAGGCCGAGUUAGCAAGGCAACGUCAACAAAAGCUAAAGGAGAUGCGUGCGGGGCUUGAGAAGAAGCGAGCGAUGCUCGCAGCUGAAAAGAAAGCUGUUUACUCAUCUAGUGCGACUUUGUUGGGCAAAUCCACAACUUCUGCUACAAUGGCAUCGCACCAUAAGCAUCGCGGCCUCACACCUACACCUGCGGUUCCCCAGCCUACUGCAAAGCCCAUAUCGAAGCCGCUACAGAAACUCGUCUCUAAGCAGAUACCAAAGUCUGUUUCCAAUGCACUUCCAGCAUCAAAGUCAGCAUCAAAACCCAUGCCAAAGCCUGCUUCAAGACUUCCGAUGGCAUCUCCUGUUCCUGCGAAACAUGCCCCGAAAAGUCAUUCGCCCGAGGUUGUGAAUUAUGAGAUGUCGGACAAUGCUGAGUCCUCAGACGGUGACAGUGGCGACUCGGAUGCGGAUCGUCACGGAAAGAAGAAAGUGCCGAGAUGGGCCCAAAAGGACCACCUUAACAAGGUUUUACACGCGCAGUUUGGCAAGAACGCCAUUGACCCAUCACCUGCUAUAUUUCAGGACUUUGUCGACACGUGCAAUCUAGAGGCCAUCUUUGAGACGAACGACGUUCACAAAAAGAAGAAGUUUGCGAGGCGGACAAGUAGCGGUAACUGGCUGGCUGAUCGCCCAACAGCACGGGACAGAGCCUUGUAUCAACGCGACAUGGGGUACGAUCGGUGA